AGUGAAAGAAGAAAAUCUAAGAAAGAAGGAACAAGACAAAACAACUCCUACUUUGACUGAACACAGGCAUCCCCUGCACAAGUUGUCUGACGAUCUUGUGGAACAAACUACAGACAUUUUCCACUUACUUGAUACAGAAGACUUUUGAAAAUGCCACUUAAACCCUUUGUUAAAGUAGUGGGUAACCUGUUGUCCAAAAAAAAUGCCAUCACCUCAGUUCCAAUGAGUUUUUUGUUAGUAGGUUUGCAGGCGCUGAUUAAUGUGCAUUUCUCAUGCCCUUGCAUAUAUGCUUGGAAUAUAACUUUAUCCAUUUUUGUCCUUGUUGUUCCUGCUUUUUUUGCUUUUGUCAUAAUGCUUAUGCUUCUAAAACCUUGGAAAUAUAAGCAUAUACACACAGCCCGUAGCGGUUGUCAAAAAUCAAAAUGUGGAGGAAGUUCUAUGAAAAACGAAAACAACAAAGGAUCUCAAGAACAAGAGAAAAAAGUACAGAAUGAAAGUAAAGAAACUUGGUCUCAAACCAAGGAGAGUUGUGAAUGGGUUUUGUUGGCUUGUCUGAUUCCACCUGUCGUGUGGAUCUGCAUAUAUUUCAUUGAUGGCGACUAUGUUGCAUGUGCUGCGUCGAAUUGGAAUGGACGGUAUGCCUGUGAUAAAGAACUUCAUCCCGUUUGUUUGAACUGGUGCAAACCUAACGAAGAACAAAAUGAAACCGAAAAGUACGAAAAAACCCUGGAAGCUAUUCGUGCAUCAAAGAUAUGCGGUUAUGUCAUUGCCUUAGUCUGCUGCAUUGUAGCAAUGGGAUGUGUUGUACAUUGGAAUGACUGCUGCUGUUCAGCCAGCGAAAGUCCAGAAAGUAAAGGUGAUGGAGAGGAAACACAUGAUCUGUUGAGAAAGCCAGAAAAGAAACAAGGAGAAGAACAUGAGAUGGACCAGUUUCAAGAUGAGGACUCAACAAAGAGGCAUCCAAAUCAAGAUGAUAAAACCGAGUAGAUGGUGAAGUAUAGACCAAAUCCAAUGGUCUGCUUGUUAUUUUGCCACAUCUGAAACUCUUACUCUCACUUUCUUAUAUUAUCCUUUAAAAUGUUAAUAGUUAUUGCAUACUGUGUGUUUGCUGAUUUAAUCUUGCUUGUAUCAUUGCAGAUUAAGUUGAACAUUACUAAUAGUAUGGUUUUUGUAAAAUAGUUUUAUUUAGGAUAUGUUUGAUUAUCCUGGCUGUCUUAAUAAAGUUUGAACUAUUUUGGUGUGUUGGUUGUGCCUCAGCAUGUACACAUUUUCUUUUCUUUAGUGCUGUAAGCUGAGAUGUUUUGCUAU